CAAUAAACUGCCAUAUGAUCAGCUUUACUGCUCACUGAAAAGUGUGUCCGGGCUCAAUAUAGAUAUAUAUACAUAAAUUUGAACACAGAAGAAGUGAUGGAGAGUGUUUUAGAAUAACCCCAGAAUCAGCUGAGCUCAUGGCCUCAUUAGAGGACACAUGUGAGGUGAAGGAGGGCUUCUUGUGCCCACUCUGUCUGAAAGAUCUCCAGUCUUUCUACCAGCUGCAGGAGCACUAUGAGGAGGAACACUCCGGAGACAACAGACAUGUUACUGGACAGCUGAAAAACCUGGUGCAGAAGGCAAAGAAAGCCAAAGACAAGCUGUUGAAGCGUGAUGGAGAUGAGCGGAUGGAGAGCAGCUACGAGUCCUUUUAUUAUGGAGGAGUGGACCCUUACAUGUGGGAGCCACAGGAGCUCGGAGCCACUCGCAGCCACUUGGACUUAUUUAAGAAGCACAGAGCUGCACGAAUAGACCAUUAUGUCAUUGAACUCAACAAAUGCAUCAUACGACUGGAAAAGCUGACCUCCUUUGACAGAAGCCACAUGGAUGCGGCACAGAUAAGAUCACUUGAGAAAUCUGUAGUGUCAUGGGUGAACGAUAAGGAUGUGCCGUUUUGCCCUGAUUGUGGAGGAAAAUUCAACAUCCGUAAACGGCGCCAUCACUGCCGUCUCUGUGGGUCCAUUAUGUGUAGGAUGUGCACAGAGUUUGUGCCUCUGCCACUGGCACAUAAAUUAACCAGUGGAACAAAGGAGGCUCUGUGUGCUCCUGGCAGUCCGGGACAGAGCAGUUCUCCUGGAGCACAGGUGACGCAGCAGAUCCCUCGCCGCGGAUCCAUUAGCAGCAUCUCCUCCAUCACCUCUGUGUUAGAAGAGAAAGAUGAAGACCAUGUGCGCUGCUGUCAUCACUGUAUGGACUCGCUGCUCCGCCAUCAACACAAACUGGAGGAGAAAGACCACGUGCCUGACAUCGUCAAACUCUACGAGAGGUUGAGGACGUGUAUGGAGAAGGUUGAAGCAAAAGCUCCAGAGUACACGCACAUGGCAGAGUCGCUCAAUUCUGGAGAGACGACCUAUAAUCUUGAGAAUGCAGCUGGACUCAGGAUGGAGAUACAAAAAUACUAUGAGCUCAUCGAUGUUCUGAGUAAGAAGAUUCUCACACUUGGGUUAAAAGAAGAUGUCCAGCCGCACCCGAAAGCUCUCCAGCUGCAAAGGAUGGUGCGCUAUGCAGCUACACUUUUCAUACAGGAGAAACUGUUGGGUCUGACGUCCCUCCCCACCAAGGAUAAAUACGAGGAGCUGAAGGAGAAGAGGAGGGAGGAGCAGGAGAAAAGGGUUCAACAGGAGAGACAGACUGCCCUGGAGGCACAGAAGCGUCGAUCUGAAAAUGAGAAGAACCGACCAGCCCUCAGUACAAAUGGGGAUGUUCCUCGUCUCCGCAUGACCAAAGCUGGUGGCUGGCUGCCACAAUCUGACACUCUACACACUCGCUCUGAACUGGACGACCCUCUACUACAACAGAUUGAUAACAUCGAGUCAUUCUUACGACAGGCACGCUCUGCAAACCGCACCGAUGAGGUAGCCAUGCUAGAGGAGAACCUACGGCAACUCCAGGACGAGUUUGAUGCCCAGCAGACAAGCCGAGCUAUCAAGCUUUCACAGAAACUGGCCGAGGAGACGGACCUACAGCAGAGACAGAUCGAACAUCUACAGCAAAGAGAGCUUGAGAACAAAGCCCAUAUGAGAACUUCCUCUAUGGAUUUCAGAGAUGGAGGAAAGGUUCAGAAACGACAAGAGGAGGAAGGUGAUUUGGAAGAAUAUUUGAUUGCAAGCCCCGUGUCUAUGAUUCCGUCUGAGAAGUCUUUCCCACGUCUGCUAGAAAACUCUCCACCCUUGGAUAGGCAAAGAGAUGAACAUACACCAAACCCACCAUCAAAAAACCCCUUUGAUGAGGAAGAGCCAAGCAACUCUUUGAACAAAGAGUUUCAGAGGGAACAUAAUCAGGCAGCCAAUGAAAAUAAAGGGUACAACCCUUUUGAAGGAGAUGAUGAAAUUGAGGAUCCAGACACGGGUAAGACAUCUGGAAAUCCUUUUGAAGAUGAGUAUGAUGAUGAAGAUAAAGCGAAACCUUUUAAAGAGGGUUCAAAUGAGACUCCGUCUGCCUCAAGUAAUCCGUUCGAUGAAGAUGAUGAGGUCUCUGCAAUGGACGAUAUGAUUGAGGAAGAGCUACUGCUACAACAGAUAGAUAAUAUCCGGGCUUAUAUCUUUGACGCCAAGCUAAGUGGACGCUGUGAUGAAGUGGAACUUUUGUCUGAGAACCUGCGGGAGCUGCAGCGCACAUUACAAGAGCAGAAACGAAAGAAAUAGUGACAGCCAUCAGCACCUUUUUUAUAACUCAUAUGGCUUUUCUCAGUUAUAAACAGGCCACUUUUGCUAAAGUGCACAAGACAAAAAUGUCGUAAAGCAAAUAUGAGGUUCCUGCACAAAAGUCAGUAGGGGAGCAAAGUGAGUAUUGGCAUUGUUAAUUAUUCAAAUUGUUAGAUGUAUGUGAUCAAACAAGUGUUAUUUGCUAAUAACAGGGUGGUUUUUUUAUUAUUAAAAGUGGUUAAAAUAUUGGUGGUAAAGCUUUUACCAUUCAACAAAGUCAGUAUUCGAAGCACAGACUGUAGCUUCUGUGAGAUUUUGUUAGCGAAAUGCUAAUUACAUUUGUAAAGACAAUGAGUCUAGCAUGAUUGCACACCUGUUGCUUUCAAUUGUUCUACUAUCACUAGAUGGAAACGCUAAUGUCCAGGGUUUCUUACAUGGAAACAUUAUUGGCCAAAUCGGCAAUGCUAAUUCCAGUGUUUAUUGAUGUGAUUUCAAAUUCUCUUGAGUCUAAUUUGUGUGUACAUUUAAUGCAGUUACAAGUGGCACUGAUUUCCAUUGUAACUAGAUAAAGACUGAAAAUGAUUUCGACUCUACACAUGCAUGCACACAUUUGGAGACUUACAAUUGUUCUUUAAAGGGACAGUUCACCAAAAAUGAAAAUUGUCUUUUCUCACCCUCGUGUCAUUCCAAACUGACUUCUGUAAAACGCAAAAGGUGAAGGACUGACAUCUAUUUACUCUCAGUGCAUCUUUUUCCCAUACAAUGAAACUGACAUCACUAACAUUCUCAAUAACACUUUACAAUGCUACAUGUUAAGAAGUAUUUCUAAAGCAUUUGUGGUUGCACUUUAUUUUACAGUACGUGCACUUUCAGUAUACUUCGUGUACUUACCCAAGAAAGUAAGAGUAAUGUUAGGUAACUAAAUGUACUUAAUAUGGGUUAAGGAUAGGUUUAGGGUUAGUAUCUAGUAAUUACUGUAAUGGUUGUAAUGAUAUAGUGUGUAAAUGGAGAACAGUACUGUAAGCUAAAUUGCUACAGCAUUUGUUUAUAGUUUAUUCUUUAUUCAUAAAUCAUUGUUAAUACACUGCUAGAGUAUAUACAAAUAGUAUGGUAUUCAUUUAUAGGUCAUGUGCCAAACAAUUUAAGUGUUUAAUAAGUUCAUGUAUAAGCAGUUUGAUCAUGUUUGCUAAUAUCUAACUAAUGUAUUUCAGUUCAUGCUAACAGUGGAACAGAAGUGUUAAUGAGAACAUAUAGAGGGCAUAAAUCAGUAAUUAAUGAAGGAAUUAAUUAUACAUUUACAUAUGUUAUGAAUUGGACAUAUUAAUGCUUUGUGUGUUUAACUGUUUUGUAACACUAACUAUUAAAAUAAUUAUAUAAGUGUAUUUCCAAUUCUUAUAUCAUUUCUAUCUUAACUUUGAAUGUAUGCCAUAAAGUUCUCAUAAACACUUUGUUCAGGUGUGCAUCGGCUAAAAUACAUAAGUUAGGCAUGAUGAACAAGUUGGUUACUACUAUGGAUGAAAAAGCAUGAAUAAACUGCUUAAAAUGAACUUAUUAAAUAUUAAUAGUUUGCUACACUGAACAUUACAUACUAUUUGCAUGUAGCCAAUUAAUGUUUUAACAGUUUUAAGAAUAAUAAUAUGACAUUUAUAAUUUGACAUUAAUGGUUUAUCAUGUAUUUGGUUAUAAAGUUUAGAACAAUACGAGGGUAAAUAAAUGACCCCUUUCAAGUUUUCAUAAUUGCUUAUUAUAUUGUCUUAUUCUCAAUAACACACAAUGUCACAUGCAUGUUUUACUAACACUUGGAUUAUUGUUGAACACUAAGUCAGUUCUGCACUUGUAUUACCAACAUGAGCGAUUCAAGGCUUUCUGUACAGAUUGUAUAAUGUAAUUGAAGAGCUCAAGUUGAUGAUUUAUUGUUUAUGAGGUUAGAUAGUAUUUUCAUUUUUAAGAACACACAGCAGUAUAGUGGUUGACCAUAGUGCUUUGUGUCAUUAUAAGCAACAGGUAAUGUAUUUGUAACAUUAACGACCUUUCUGGAAGCUGUUGGCUAAUGUUGUUAGUUUCCACUGAGCAACAUAAGGCAUCAUCAAUGCAACACUAAUAAAAGUGAUGUCAUCAGAACAUGGUCACAAACCAGUGUUCUUUAGAUUUUGACAAAAUAACAUGAAUAAAGUCACAUCCAA